AUGAGUAGUGAAGAAGGUCAGCAACAAUUUUAUGUUACAAAACAUAAUGUCUUACACGAUGGGAAAUUUAUGUCAUUUGAAUUGUUGGAAUAUAACACACCAAAAGGAAUUCGUAAAUGGGAGUGUAUUUCCAGAAAAUCAAAAAAAUUAUCAGGAUUAGAUGUUGAUGCUGUAGAAUUAGUCCCUAUAAUUUAUUAUCCAAUUAGUAAGAAACCAACUUCAUUAGUUUUUAUUAGAGAAUUUAGAGUACCAGUUAAUACUAUGGUAUGGCAACUUGCUGCUGGAUUAAUUGAUCCAAAUGAAACUGUUGAGUUUUCAGCAAAAAGAGAAUUAAAAGAAGAAACAGGUUAUGUUGCUGAAAAGGUAUUAAAAGUUAGUAAAAGAGUUGCAGCUGCACCAGCUGAAAGUGAUACCUAUGUUCAAUAUGUUUCAUUGUUAAUUAAUGGUGAUGCUCCAGAAAAUCAAAACCCAAAACAAGAGCUUGGAUCAUCAGAAGAUAUUACAGUUCAUGUUGUUCCAUUAAAAGAAGUUGAAGAUUUCUUAAGUAAAAGGUCAGAAGCAGGAGAAACUGUUGAAGCCCGUUUAUUCUGUUUUGCAUGUAGUUCAUAUAUUAUGAAUUAUAGUGAAUAA